AUGGGGGCCCCCAGGGGCCCCAUGGGGGCCCCCAGGGGCCCCAUGGGGGCCCCCAGGGGCCCCCUAGCUAGUACCCAUCCGAUGGGGUGUUCAUCGGGUGUGGGGCCCCCCGAGGCCCCACCCGAUGGGGCCCCCCAUCAGCACCAGGGGGCCCCGGGCCCCCAUAUAUACCCAGCUGCUGGGGGGCCCCCCCCCACCCCCAUCGAGGUGUAUGAUGAGCUCUCGGGUGAGGGGGCAUGGAGUGCGUUUAGUUUAACUCAAUGCUUACAGCUGGUUGCUACACUAACAGAUGGCUGUGUGUUGAUAUGCAACGCGCGGCGUCGUAUACUAUGGGCGUUUCCUGUUGCUUCUGCUGAGCAAUGGGGGCCCCUUGGGGGCCCCCUAGAGGAGGCCCUUGGGGGCCCCCCAUAUAAUAAUAAAAAAAAAGAAAAUGAAUUCCUAUGUGAAUAUUUGGUGCAUCCAGAGGAUAGAGAUGCUCUUAUAAGAGCGUUUGAAUUGGCUGAAGAGCAGCGGAAAGCAGCAGCAGCAAAACCGCAGCAGCAGCAGCAGCAGCAGCAGCAGCAGCAGCAGCAGCAGCAGCAGCAGCAGGAGGAGGUGAUAGAUAAUAAAGAGAAAGAAGAAGCACCAGCAGUACCUGUUGUAUUGGUGCGAUGCAAUGCAUGCAGCGAUGAGAAAACGGGUUUGUAUCGAGUCUCCGUCAGCAGCUGCUGCGGCUCUUCUUCUCUUUUUGUUUGUCUUUGGGAUGAUGCAACCAGACAAAGACACAGCGCAGCAGUUCAGGAGGCUCUGGUGUAUGGUCUCUCGGACUGUAUGUCGACGGUUGUAUGGGUGCUAGACCCGGCUGCUGCACCUGAUAGUGCGGAUCCAGCUGCUGCUGCUGACCCUGAUCCUGCUGCUGUUGCUGCUGCUGCUGCAGCAGCAGCAGAACAAAUCCCACUCUCGGGGUCGGACCUUGACCCCGGGGGGGGGCCCUCAGAGUCUGAGGGGCUGGUGGUUGGGGGCGGCAGCAGCAGCAGAGAAAAGACAGAGACAGAGGCAGGGUACGGCGAGUGGGGGGCCCCCCGGGGGGGCCCCCGGGGGGGCCCCCUGGGGGGCCCCUUUGAUGGUGUUCUAUCGGAUUCAAGGAGAGGCGAUGAGUCUCUCUCGUCAGAAGAGAGAAAACAAGAGGAAGGGGUUUAUACAGAGCUUGCUGCUGUGCCGCCGCAGCUGAUGUGCAGCUGCACGAGAAGCAGAAGCAGAAGCAGCAGCAGCAGCAGCAGCAACGGGCCGAUUGAUGAAGAGAGUCCAUUGAGUGCAGCAGGGUCUUGUUCUUUUUUGCAUGCAUCUUCGGGUGUAUCUGCAGCUCCAGCAACAGAUGUUGCUGUUGCUGCUGCUUCUCUGUGUCCUUCUGUCUAUCAGGCAAGUAUAGGUGCUGUUGCAGCAGCAGCAGCAGCAGCAGCAGCAGCAUCAGCAGCAUCAUCGGGUCCGCAGCAGCAACAGCAACAGCAGCAACAGCAACAGCAACAGCAGCAGCAGCAGCCUGCUGCUGCCUCAUCAUCCACGGGGAAGAACCCCUACACAAACAGCUACACCCGACGGUGUACAGUAGUGGGGGGGGCCCCCCUCCUGCAGAUAGAGAAGGAGGGGCCCUCUGGGUUUUUGUUGGCUCACUCAAAAGCAACAUUGCGUCGGCUGACGGGGCAUGCAGUAGCAGGGAAAGAACCGUUUUCAUUGUUAUCUGCAGCAGCAGCAGCAGCAGCAGCAGCAGCAGCAGCAGAUGCUGCAGUAUCAGUAGAUACUACAUCUGCGGACGCAGCAGCAGCAGCAGCAGCAGCAGCAGCAGCAGCAGCAGGAGACUCUGCAGUUGCAGUAGAAGCUGCAUCUGCGGAUGCAGCCGCCGCCGCCGCCGCCGCUGCAGCAGCAGCAGCAGCAGCAGCAGGAGUCCCCCGACCCUCAUCACCCCUCACCAGCACCAGCAGCAGCAGCAGCAGCAGCAGCAGCAGCAGCAGCAGCAGCAGCAGCCCCACAGCCAACUGGACAGACUUCUUUCUCGAGCCAGGAAAAACUCAGCUGCUUGAGUGUGUGCAACGGCUGCGCACCCAGGGCACCUCCUUUUCUAUUGAACUGCCCUAUGAACGAUCAGAUGCAGAAAUUAGGUAA